AUGAACUCAAAACCACAGCUUUAUUCACAGGCUGGGAAAGCAUACAAAAGAAACACGAAGGGCAAGGGAUCAAAACUAGAAACGAUACAACUCGCCAAACAAAAGGUUGGAGUUGUAAGAAAAUUGUGUAAAGCAUGCAACAUCGACUCCAAAGGCUCCCGCUUUUAUCUCAUCACCAGACUGAGGGAGAAGAUGAAGAGCAGGCAGACAUAUGAUAAGGUCUUUCAAAGCAUAUGGGGUGCCUCUGGAGGAUGGUCUGUAAUACUAUGUCCACAUGGCAUUGUAUACAGUGUUAAAUUUAAUCUUCGUGCUGAAAGUCCCCGGGAUUUUGCUGACCUUCUCCUGUCCUGGAAGCACAUGCCAAAUGUCUGUGUUUACGAUUUUGCGAGGGGUUUGGUGGCACACACCAAUUUGCGGGUUCCUGAUAAACUGCCAUUUCAUCCACAUGAAGGUCGACUGGCUGAGCCCACUGAGGAAAAUGUCAAGGCUGCACAGGAUGGAAGCCUGAAAGUGAAUCUUCCAUGGCUACAUGAAAGGAUGGAUAGUGUAAAUGAAAAUCCUCAUCCUGUUACUGGAUCAUCUGACCAUUAUGUCCUGUAUGACAGAUUUCACGAGGGAAAUACAAAAGAUCCCAAGGACAUAUUACACAGAAUUCUGUCAUGGACCGGCUGUGUGGCAGGCAGGAAGUGGACCCAAACGCAAGCUCACGGAAGCAGGAAUAAACUCAAAACACAGCUUUAUUGCUGGACAGAAAAACGGCGAAGCAAACUGAUAAGGAACUACACUGGGAAAUAAUACACUAAUGCACAGAGAAACAUACGGCCAUGAAUGAGGGAGAACGCGACACAGAACUGAGGGAGACGCAGACAUAAAUACACAGAGGGUUAACGAGGGAAGUGGGAAUACACGGGGAACACAGGUGACACUGAUAAUCAUAACGAGACAGGGCAGGAGUGAACACAAUGUGACGCAUACUGACGAGGGACUGCCAAAGUAAAACAGGAAGUGCACAGAGGUUCAGACAGGCGGAGAGAGAGAGGACAGACAUAACGGGCUGGGGAAAAACAUUGAAUGAAACACAAGGAGGGGAAACGAGGGCUCAGAGAUACACAGAAGGGCACACAGGGGGUAAUCAAAUAAGGAACAUUUUGGCAGAACCUAGGAACCAUGGCAUAAUGAAAGAACAAAAGUACAAAAACACAUGAAAACUCAGAAUACUGGGCCAACGUGGCCCAGGACCAUGACAGAAUUCAACUUGUCCCAGAGCUGAAAGGCUGGCUGAACAGUCAAGUUGUUGAACAGUUCUUUGCAAACAUGAGGAAAAGCAAUUACUUUUUAAGUAAUAUGAGUCCAUCCACACAUGUGUUUCUGAUGAGAAAUAUAACUCAUCAUUAUAACACUGUCACCAACAAGAAACUUCUGGAGAGGCAGCUAAGACAUGGUCGACUUGGAAAGAUCAAUAUCUCAUUGUCGGCACUGGGUCAAGCUGUCGUAGCCCCACAGGUGUGCAAUAAACCCAGAGAAACCACAGAAACGGUGUUGAACCCAGCACCUUCAAUGUCUGGUGACACUGAACCUCAGGUAAGAGUUGACAACAAGAAAGCCAAUAGAAGGUCAACAGAUGGAACUUUUCCUGACCUGUGUGGACCACCGUGCGAAGCUCUGACAAAGCCUGAGAACAUUUUGCCCAGCCGUUCAUCAUGGUGUUUUGUACCGCACCCUGGCCAACAACAGCUUCUCAACUACGUUCUGGACAUCAGCAGACCCAAAGAUGAGCUGAUUGUUGAAACGUCUUCUGCAUCACGCGGGCAGAUUUUUGGACACUGGGUUUAAACAAACAAAUGGAAUCAACUAUUGGAAAUGGCUGUUUUGAGCUUAUCACUAAAAUUGUCCAGUCAAAGG